AUGUCGGUUCGCGGCGGAUCCAUCAAGGGGGAGAACCCCGUCUCCCUCCGGCUGUCAGGGAAUUCGACGACUUCAACGAUCUACGAUGGAGCCAUGGAGGUUUACAGCACAAAACUCAUGCAGUGGAAUGGCAGGCGAGGGGUGCUCAGCGCAAGGUAUUUGUCCUUGUACACCAACGAGAUAGAGGAGGACUUCGGGACUCUCAAGGACAUCGUGGCCACCUCAGAGAUCGAUCAUGUGGCCUCACUCAAGGUUGGAGGCCAUGCCGCCCUUGACAGCUUCUACAAUGAUGUUUUCCCUCAAGAGAUCGACACGAUUUGUCGAAGAAAGUCUUUGCAGAACAUUCCUGGAGAAGUUGUGAAUGGUUCAUAUUACGACGUUGUCUUCUCAAAUCUGGACAUCAUCUUCACUGUUUUGUUCACUUUAGAGCUGGCUGUCAACAUGUGUGGAAAUCUCUUCCGAAGGUUUGUUUCAGACGGAUGGUCGCUGUUCGACCUGUUGGUCGUGAUGGUUUCCAUCGUUGCGCUCUCCAACUACAACCUCCCAGGGAUCAAUGCCAUCAGGCUCUUGAGAGCCUUCAGGGUCAUCCGGCUGUUCGGCAGGCUCCAGUCCCUGCGCCUCAUCAUCAACAGCCUCUCUGCAAGCAUCCAGCCUGUCUUCCACGCCUUCUUCCUGAUGCUUCUCAUCACUUCGAUCUACGCAAUCCUUGCCGUCCAGCUCUUCGGUCCAGACUCGCCUCGCAAUUUCGGGCGCUUCUCCAGCUCGCUCUUCACGAUGUUUCAAGUCUGCACGGGAGACGGAUGGUCCUCGGAGAUCGUGAGGCCGCUCUUCCGAGACAAUCAAGGGCAGUACAAUGUUGGGGUCGCGUUCUUCUUCGCCUCCUUCAUCGUCUUCGUCGGUUGGACGCUGUUGCAAGUGGUGGUGGCCGUCCUGCUGGAGAAUUUCACCACUGCUGUGGAGCAGGAGAAGGAGAAGAUGGCCAAGGCGAACGCGCUUCAUGGAAGUUCAAGCCCUUUGGACCCUCUCCUUGCCUCCUUGAUCACGAGCACAAGCUCCCACGAGCUCUCCAAGAAAAUCAACGCGCUGUUCCAGCCUCGUGUUUACUCUCAGAUCAUGGACUCGGAUGAUUCGGGCAGCAUAUCGCUCACUGAGCUGAAGGAAGGUUUUCGAAAACUCCCUUGGGCUCAGGACGUGGACUUCACGCAAGAGUCCUUCUCCUCCAUCUUUCAGAACGAAGAUUUAAGUGAAGGCAUUGAUCACAUUGACCUGGUCUACUUCGAUCGCAUCAUCAGGUCCCAGCUCAAGUCCUACGUGCAGCGCAUGCUGGACAAGGAGAUCCAGCACGGGUGCGCGAGCGUCGACUCAGUCUCGAUGCUGGCGAUGAAGCUGAUGCUCAUCGAGAUGGAGAACUCUGCCCUCGAGUUCCGCAAGAGCCAGAAGAACACCUCCCUCAGCCUCGAAGACUCAAAGACUGCAGACCACGAGGCCCUGGCAGAGCAGAAGCUACUCAAGCUCCCGACCUUCCUCAUGCAUCGGAGCCGAGCCGGCAAGGGCUCCGACUGGCGGGACUCCUUCCUCCCUCCGCGCAAGGAGCUGCUCCCGAACAGGGGGAGCUACUUUCGGAGCAAGAAGUCUUGCGCGCAGUGCGACGAGAUGAUGUCGGCGAUCCGAGACAUCCAGGCGUCUCUCGCCCUCCUCACCCGGGGCAUCGACAGGAGGUCCACCAACGGCCAUGCCCACCCGCCGGCAGCCAGGGAGGAGGAGAGCAGCUCGGGAGGUUUCUCACUCCUCGAAGAGCUCACGACCAUGGGGAAGAGGAGCAACGGAAUCCCGUCGGCCCUGCUCGAGGGCCUCGGCCUGACCCCCCCAGUGAAGCGGGAGCGGCCUCUUGCUCGCAGCACCCGUGACCGGAUGUUGCCUAGGAAGGAGGAGGUGGACCGAACGAUGUAUGACAGGAGCAAGUUGAACAACUUGUACCAAACGAGGUCACAAGGUCGCUCUUGA